ACCAAGAUGGCGUCAACGCAGUUAACGGACGAGGAGCUUUACUCCGAAUUGAAGCGCCUCGGUUUCACUCCGGGUCCGGUUACCGAACACACUCGUCCGGUGUAUUUGAAGAAGCUGAAGAAGCUUCGCGAAGAGCACCAGCGAGGAGUUCGAGCCGCUAAAACCCGCAGCGGCGCGGCCGUCAAUAGCGGCGGCGGCGGCGGCAACACGGCGGGACCCAGGCCAGCCAGCCACAACGUCACGCACCUGAGCUCCAGCAGGAGACCGGGCCGGAAGUCCACCGUCCUCGGCUUCAGCUCGGACGAGUCCGACGCCGAAGCUCCGCUGAAAAAGAAGGCUCUCAACCACAGCGACGGGGCGCCGCGGAGGAGCCCGGCUCUGAAGAUAAAGCUCGAUAGAGAAAAAAGUCGACAUGGCGCGGGGAGUCCACUGAACAGCAACAACUCAACGUUGGCUCCGGGGGGGAACAGACGUGUCUCCUCGGGCUGGGAACUCGGCGUUAAAUCGAGUCUCGAAGCGGAUGGAAGGGAUUACGACGAAUCCGAGGACGAAUUUGAGGGGGGCGAAGAGAAGUCCUCGCGUUCUUUAAAUGGCAGUCGCGCGUCAUACUUAAAUAUACGCAAGCAAGCCGGGAACUACUCCGACGAGGACGAGGAGGUUUGGGGCCUUGGUGGGGACCGACAGCGGGGUAGUCUGGAGCCCAGACGGGGCCGCGCGAAGGAGGCAUUCUUAGCGCCGAGCCCACCCGGGAGUCUCAAUAUGGUGCGCAGACGGAAGGAGGAGGAAGAGGGAGACGACACGGAGAGAAGCUUUCCGAGGAAGUCCAUCUACGUGUCGCUUUCGGAGAACCACAGAGAAGACGCGGAGAGAAACAACCACGCCGUCGGCGAGGACGCCAGUCGUUUCAGCAUCGGGCUGAGACCGCGAUUUUCCAACUACAGCAGCCUUGCCCACACCUACAGGGGCAACCACUCCAACCACACCGCCCCCAACCACUCGUACAGCCAGCCCCUGAAGGAGAAGCUGUCCGCCGCACCGGAGGAUGAGCUUUACCAGCAGUUCAAAAGGGAAGAGGUGGCGACCUCGAGCAGUUUCAGUGCCCACUACCUGUCCAUGUUCCUGCUCACGGCAGCAUGCCUCUUCUUCCUCGUGCUGGGCCUCGUGUACCUCAGGAUGAGGGGCACUGGCUCAUCAGAGGUAGAUGUGGUCAUUAAGAGUCACCCAUUUGGCAGAGAGUUUGACACCACGCACGACAAGACCGUGAGGGAUCUCAUUUUGAAGCUGCUGCUCAAUCUCCACGAUCAUCUGGCGCACAUUGCUGGCCAACAUGACUGUGGAGACCAGCAAUACCCAAACAGAAGUCUGUCCAUAGAUGAGGCCUCUGAGUAUUUGACGGCUCAGAAUGAGGAGUUUGGAGACUUAAUUUUCACGUCGCUUGAGUGGAUCAUCCGGACAGGCCAAGAUGUUGGGAUAAGGCUGACUGGGCAGGCGGCCGACGAUCCCAUGAGCGACGUAUCAGAGAUCGCUCGGCUCGAAUCCACACAUCCAAGGAUGGCCUUCACGUGCCGCUUCCGCCGAGCUUUCCUCACCGUCAUCAGCAGAGUCUCCCUCUUUGCAGGCGUGGUUGGUGGUGUGUGGGGUCUAGUGUGCUACGUCAAGUAUCGCUGGAAGAGAGAGGAGGAGGAAACUAGGCAAAUGUAUCACACGGUGGAGAGAAUCAUCGAUGUCCUAAGGAGCCAUAAUGAGGCUUGUCAAGAGAAUCAAGAUCUUCAGCCCUACUUGCCCAUACCGCAUGUCAGGGAUUCACUGGUUCAGCCUCAGGACCGGAAGAAAAUGCAGAGAAUCUGGGAGCGCGCUGUGAGAUUUCUGUCUGCCAACGAGUCCAGAAUUCGAACAGAGAGCCAGAAAAUCGGGGGAUCAGACUUCCUCGUCUGGAGGUGGAUCCAGCCGUCUCUCAGUUGCGACAAGACCUCCUCGAUCCCCUCCAAAGUUUGGCAGGGAAAAGCUUUCCCUCUUGACCGACGGAAUUCCCCACCAAACAGCCUGACUCCGUGUCUGAAGAUCCGGAACAUGUUUGACCCAGUCAUGGAGGUCGGGGAGAACUGGGAUCUCGCCAUACACGAGGCCAUCCUGGAGAAGUGUAGCGACAACAACGGCAUUGUCCACAUUGCAGUUGACAAGAACUCUCGAGAGGGCUGUGUCUAUGUCAAGUGCCUCUCUGCAGAACACUCAGGGAAAGCCUUCAAGGCACUUCAUGGCUCUUGGUUUGAUGGUAAGCUGGUGACGGUGAAAUAUCUGCGUUUGGACCGGUACCACCAGCGCUUCCCUCAGGCUCAGGCCUGCAGCACACCCCUGAAGGCCUCCAACCUCCACAGAAACGCCACGAACACUAUGGCCAGCUCGCAGACCCGCGGCUCGGCCACCUCCUCAGGCUUCUCAUAAGUUUCUCCUUCUGCGGUCGUUUCUAACAGAGAUGACUUAACUUUUUUUUUUUUUUUUUUUUAUUAUUAUUUUUUUUUUAAACAUUUCUAUAUUACUUAUUUUCCCAGAGUCUUUUCCAGUGUUGGUUUUCUACAGUAUUUGUAUCAAAAAUGUCACAGAUGGAACAAUUUCCUCUGGGUCUGUUUAAAUGUGUGUGCAAAGACUCCAAUCCUGCGUCUCUUCCACAGUCGGCGGAGUUCACUGCGGCUCAGUAUGGAUAUACGGCUGGUGCGUGUAUCGGUCUAUGCCUCCAUGUCGGCGUCCAUUACAGCAGUGUUGAUUUCCUCUCGUUAUUUCCGACGAACAAUGUCGUUAGCGCGAGGAAGGCAUGAGAAGACUUGAAGAGGACAAUGCUGUAAAUACAUGGGAAUGACGGCACAAGCUUUAUUGAAUAAUCUGCAUUAAAAGCAAACCACAAGCCUCUGCGCCCGCCUGCCCCCCCCCCCCCCCCAUUUAUUUUAUUAUUAUUUUUGUUUUGUUUUGUUUUGUUCCAUUUCUGCCCCGUUGGCCUCCGUAACUCACAGUGCUCCUGAAAUAACAGAAUCAGGGAGUGUUGUCUUGUACAUUCGCCUGAAGCGUUCUUCAGUUGUAAUCCAGUAUAUGAUGUUAUGGUUUAUGUGUAUUAUUUACCUCUGUAAAGUCAGGCCCUUUUCUCUCAUGUUACCAAUUGAAGUUUUUCUCAUUUUCUACAUCCACUAUGUCCCCCCUUUUGAAAUGAUGCCACCGUGACCUUUGGAGCACUCUAAAUAUAUUGAUAGUUUGUAAUUUGUAAUAUUUUAAGCUCUAUUAAGAGACAUACUUGCUUUAUAUAUAUAUGUAUAUAUAUAUAUAUAUAUAUAU